GACUUAUGGGGACCGCUAACCAUGGAUACAGCAGAUCAAAUCAACACAACGCAGGUGGCAGAACUUGAACUUAAAUCGUCAAACUGCUGUACAGUACAUGAUGAGAACUUUCUGAAGCUGGGCGACAGCACAAAUCUGGUCGGGGUUCAAGUUGUUCUUAUUCUUGCUUACAGUACAAUCAUAUUGUUUGGAGUCACUGGAAACUCCUUGGUGAUAUAUGUUGUCUUCAAGUUUAAAAAUCUACGGACUGUCACCAAUUUUUUCAUUGUAAACUUAGCUGUGGCAGACUUGCUGGUGAACACGCUGUGUUUGCCUUUCACCCUUGUGUACACUCUGUAUGGCGAGUGGAAGUUUGGUCAGGUGUUGUGCUUCGUGCUGCCCUGCGCUCAGGGCAUGGCGGUGCACGUGUCCACGAUCACCUUGAACGUCAUCGCCCUGGACCGCCACAGGAGCAUUGUCUACCACAUGGAGACCAAGAUGUCCAAAGACAUGUGUGCAGUGGUCAUUGUCAUCACGUGGGCCGUCAGCGCCCUGUUGGCCAGCCCGCUUGCCAUCUUCAGGGAGUACGGGACGUUCGACUAUUCACCAGACGAGUCUAUUCAGGUGUGUGCAGAGAAUUGGCCGGGCAGCAGCAUGAACGGAAGCAUCUACAGUAUAUCAGCGCUUCUGGUUCAGUACGGUUUACCUCUGGCCAUCAACUGUGUUGCCUACAUCCGCAUCUGGAAUAAACUGAAGAAUCACAUGACUUUUGCAGGUCGAAAUGACCGCCAUCAGCGCAGGAAGAAGACCACAAAGAUGCUGCUGACCAUGGUGGUGGUCUUCGCUGUCAGCUGGUUGCCCUUCCAUGCGUUCCAGUUGGCUGUUGACAUAGACAGCACCGUAUCGUAUAUGAAGGACUUUAAGCUGCUUUUCACUGUGUUCCACAUUGUGGCUAUGUGUUCGACAUUUGUCAAUCCCAUCUUGUACGGGUGGAUGAACAACAACUACAGGGAGGCCUUUCUGUCCGUUUUUAAGUGUUACAUGCCCUUCAGUCUGAGGUCAAGACGCUCCAAUGGCAGAGAGAUACAAAAAGUUGGUGAUAGGGUGUGUACAGAUUGUAAAUCAACAAAUGUCUAA